UCGGUAUGCCGCGUGCUUCAGCCGUGCCGGCUGCGCGACGCGCGAAGAGCCUCGGGAGCCUCGAGACUGGGGUCAGUGCAAACGGGGGUCAGCCAGGGUACGGGAUCCUGCAGGAUCCUGCGAAGACACCCUCCAGCUGACCCGGGUCAGGGAGCCGCUCGUGGCCGCGAGGCGGCCGCGCCUAUUGGCUGGCCCGGGUUUGCGAAGCCCUGCGCUGCAGUUUUUGUUCCUGCAUUGCAGUUUUUUGGUUUCCUGCUGACCCGGGUAUGGAUUGACCCGGGUCAGAAGAUCCCCGAGAGCCCGCCAAUUGCACGCGGCGGCACACAUUGGGCAAUCUGCCGACCCCCACGCCGUUCCCGUUCACACCCCCAGGGUCCCUGUCAGUCAGCAGUCAGGGUUCGGGGUUCUCCUGACUUCGGCCGAAAUUCUUCCGCUCCGUCGGGGCGUGCCCCCGCCCCACACUCACCAUCGCUCAUCGUUGGCGCGCGGGGAUCUGGCACUGUAGCCGCAGGGGAAAUGCGGUGGGAUUGGCGACAGCGCGCAUGUGGAAACAGCAGACAUACGUCAAUGCGAAGUGGCGGCGGGGUGGCCAGCAUGGUGCAUCGAGUGUGGGCCAGCGAUGUGUUAGCAUGCGUUUUGGGAAGAUUUGGUCGGCUAGCGCAUUGUGGACAACUGAUACCCCCCACGACCCCUGUCGAAAAAGAGUGCGGAAUCAUGAUGGGGAUUCCGCGCGUGGUCCAGCGUUUGCCGCGAAGCGAGCGUUAUAUCGUUUGUGUCAAGAAGUGUUGGGGGUUUGCUGUCUUGUGUCUUAAACGGCGGCCACUCGAGAUGUGGGUCGGGUUGCAUGUUCACAGGGAGAAGGGGGAUGAAGAAGCAGCCUUCAUCAUAAGCCAGUUCCGCCUUCCGCGAUCCCCUCUGCGCCCCGCCUUCUGCGUCGUCGUCCGCGCACCAGGUGCCCGAGGCCGUCCCAGUCCCCCCGUUCGCCGCCUGCCUUGUCAUCCUUUUGCCAUCGGGAGCCGCCGUGCGCCAAGGAAUCUCAAUGACUCGUACCCCUCGCGGAGCACGCUGAAAGUCGCGGACAGGAAAAGAAUCGAUUUCAGCAACGGCGACGCGUACGAGGGCGGCAUGUCGUCCAGCGGGGACGGCAGCGGCGACAGACGUCACGGCCACGGCACCUACAGCUAUGCGUCACCGAACUCAGCGUACAAGGAGUACUCUGGCCAAUGGAGGAGUGGCCGGAAGCAUGGGGCUGGCGCGCGCGUUCAGUCUAUUGUUUUGUUCUUCUUCUCCUCCCCCCCUCGCCCCAUCGCUCCUCCUCCCUGCCCUGGAGGGAGGCUCCUGCCAUACCCCAUCGCAUGUGGAAUUUGAGCCUCGUCACGGCGGGUUGGUUGCUUGGCCAUUCAACUGGGAGC